CACACCUCAUCCCACCCAAUGGACAACAGAAGCCAACUAAACUUGAGAAAGAAGCACUGAAUGAAGUGUGAUGAAAUCACAAAGUUAGAGCAUUGAAUUGAAUUGAAUUGUACCCUCCUUCACUCUCUGCUUGUGUUUCAGUUUUGUGUGUUGACGUACAAACAAGUGAAUGCUUUUGCUUGCCAUCUACCACACUGCAAUGCACUCUCUCAAUCCAUUCUCAUACCAUAUUAUUAUAUCAACACAUGUGACUAUGAGGGAUGAAUGAAAUGCAUACUUGAGUUUUUGGCAUCAUGAACAACACCAGGAACGUGAAUCACCAUCAUCACAGAAGAGGUCACAGCUUCAAUGGCUUUGCCAACAUCCAUCCCUUCUCCAACACAAGUUCUUCCCAAGGGAAACCUGGGAAAAUUUCGUUUGAAUCAGCAAAACUGGCCACAAGUGAGAUUGAUGAUCUAUUGUCAUCCACCGAAGGAGGAAAGCAUGACUAUGAUUGGCUCCUUACUCCCCCGGAGACCCCCCAUUUACCAUCAUCAGAAGGUUUACACCAACCAGCUUUGGUGCCUCCAAGAAGCAGUUUGGGUAGACCAAUGUCAAAAACUCAUGCCUCAAGGCUUUCAGUCUCACUAUCAGAGAACAGCAACACUCACUCUCACUCAAGACCAGCAAGAAGUGGUUCAGUGACUCGCAGUCCAAGCAGAUCCUCCUCCAUACUUAAUACAAGGCCAUCUUCUCCCAUUACUCGCUCUCCAUCUGCAGCAAGGCCUUCCACUCCAACCUCACGCCAAACUACAACACCAAGAACACUUUUACCACGCUCACUUCCCAGUUCUACCAACUCAUCACCAUCAUCUGACACCAACAGAACUAGAACAUCACAAGGCUCAAGGCCAUCCACUCCAAGCUCAAUUCCAAGGCCAACCAUUGCUGCCACUUCAAGGUCUCCUUCACGGCCCUCUACUCCCUCUCGCCGCCAUUCUCUGCCAUCUCAAUUACCUUCAGCCACGCGUGUUGCACGCAAGCCAAUAGUUCCACCUGAUUUUCCUCUUGAAACACCACCAAACCUCAGAACAACACUGCCUUCUGAUAGACCUGUUUCUGCAGGAAGGUCUCGUCCUGGUGCCGCUGUUACUCUUCCUUUGAAACCAAACUCUGAAAUGCAAACCCCAGUUGUUACUACCAUGUCAAGGAGACAGCAAUCUCCUAUUGCCAACAGGGGGAGGCUCUCUGAGUUCACAUCAAAAAGCCGUGGCCAUGCAAAUGCCGGUGAUGCCUCUGAUGUAUCUGCAAGGAAAUCUGUGAAGUCUUCGAGUCCUGCCACAGACAACAAUGGUCUGGGAAGAACCAUCUCAAAGAAAUCACUGGAUAUGGCUAUCAGACACAUGGAUGUUGUGAGGAACGGUUCAGGAACUCUUCGUUCACUUUCAAGUGCCACACUCUACCCUCAGAGUAUUCGAACUUCUUCAACUCCCAACAAGACACACCACGCUCGAGGUUUGAGUGUUCCAUCUUCAAUGAACAUUAAUGGAAGCCUCCAAAGCAGAAACAAUGGAAACAACACUAACAGGAAAAAUGGCAGAGAAAAAGGUGAAAAGCAAAAACAGUGCUUGGGAAAAUUGAAUGCAGUGGUAGAUCUGUACGAGAGUUAUCCUUAUGAUUCACUGUUGCUUAAAGAAGAUUUAAACAUCACAAAUUGGCUGCAUAGUGUUGAUGAAAAAUGUGAUAUCUUUGACAAUGGAUUUGAGUCUCUGCCAGAACCCUUUGGACUCUGCUAGCAUUCUUUCUUCUUCUCACAGUAAUUUGUAAUAUGCUAUUUACUUCUUCAUUAUCGUGUCUCAGAGCCGGGGAAGUGAACAUGGUGUAUAUGAAAUGCAUGGAUUAACUUCGACCUUACAAUACAAGUGAAUACCAUGCAAAAAAUUAUCAA